AUGCAGAGGUCGCAAAGUUCCAGAGGGCCAACUGGGAACGAGAACUCUCAUUCAAGAUCGUUGAGUAAUUCUCAAGGAAGCAGCCUGUUUUCGAAUUUGAAAAAACUAGCUACUGGAGGGAAUCAUGGAAGCUCUCAACCAUCACAGACUCGAAAGGAACUUAUAUCCUCACCAAAGAGGGUGUUUACCACUGCAUCAUUAGAAUCCGCAACUCCAAUUGGAGGCAGCAAACCACUGAACAAAAUUAGUUCCUUGAAUACUCAUAAUUUAUCCCAUUACACAAUGGAUCCCGAGGCCAAUUCCCGUUCACAGAGUGCAUCGUUGUUAACUUCUCCAACGAAAUAUUCCUAUUCUAGAAGGUCAAGCCAAUUGACAAGAUCAUCCACGAACAAAUCAAUCAUAUCCUCCUCUGCCGUGUCUGUCAGCUCCAAUUCGACUUCCAUACUGAAUAGAUUCCUAACAAAUGAUGGGACACUAAAACUAGAUAGACCCGAAAAUCCUGAAGAGAUUAAUGGCUUGUUUAUGGACCUGCUAAUAAAGAGGAACGUUUUCGACUCCGUUUCCUCACAGGAUCAGAAAGACAUGUUGAAUUAUCCCAUAGAAAAAAAAUGGUUAAUGGUUAAACAAGAUCUGCAGUCAGAAUUCAAGCGUUUGAAAAGCACGAAACCUAGAUUUUCUGCUAAUGACACCCAGAAUAUGUUGAAACGUAAGACUAGUACAUCGAAACUGAACACUCAAUAUGAGGGCAUGCUCCAUACAAAUGAAUCACAGGGUUCGCUGCUCUCUCCGUCUCAUUUCCCACCAGAAUAUUAUGUCCGUCAGAUAAUCAGCAAGAAGAUAAAAAAUAAAGAACUGAAUGAUUUAUGGGUAUCAUUACGUACUGAACCGUUAGAUUGGGUGAUUUCGUUCUUAGAAGCUCAGGGCCAAGUUGCAAUUGCAAAUUUGAUCAUCACCAGCAUGCAUCAGGAUACUACAGACAACCAAAAUGCUGUGACUGAUCCUCAGUUUUUGGAGAGGGAAACUGCUUUGUUCAAGUGCUUGAGAGUACUACUCAACAUAAGAGAAUGCUUAGAAGAAGCCGUGAACUCUACGUUGGUAACUAACGCACUAGUUGAAGGGUUACUAUCUACUAAAAUACCCACACGAAGGUUAGCAACAGAGACACUUAUCUAUCUAGUUACAAAAGACGAGGACUUUAAAUCAAGGACAGCUGGUUUGGAUUGUUUCUCAUUAGUUAUGGAAUCUCUAAACCAUGAAACUUCGCUCGUCCAGAAUAUUCACAUGAAAGCAAAAUUCUCUACCAAUGAUUCUACUGAUCCAGAGUCUAACCCACAACUGUAUCAAGUUUGCAAAAUACUUCAACAAUGGCUAUACGUUGUUGAACAGACACUAGAUGGUAGAGGUAAAAUGGGUUCUCUUGUCGGAGCAUCAGAUGAAUAUAGAAAUAAUACUGGCGAGAAUUCCAUAUAUGAGUAUUUGGUUGACUCUAUCGUUCUUAUCGAUCAAUUAUGUCUGAAUAACGAAGACGUCAAAAAGCGACACAUGAUGAGAACUCAACUCAAAAGCUUUGGAUUGAAUAGAAUACUUCAGAAGAUGCAAUUACUAGACUAUCCACCGUUGUCAACAAUGUUGCUACAAUUUGAGGAUGCUGCAAUCGACGACUAUAAUUCUUUGAUAGAUAGUCAGAAAUUUACUGAAAAUGUUGACAUGGAUGAUCCAGUGUCAAUUUUACAAAAACUCACUUCUUCCUUCAAGGGCACAGAGGCAGAAUCAUAUUUAUUAUCAAUGCUUCAAAACCUUUUUCUUUCAAGCAAUAAGAACGCUCAAGAAAGUGAUGACCCAGGUAAGAAUGUUCAACAAUUGAAGUUGAUUGAUUCCUUGAUUUCGAAUGUUGCAAUAACCACUCUUGACUCUGAGUCGAACUUCAACGUUGCAAUUCAAAGACUUUACGAUUCGAUGCAAACGGAUGAAAUAGCUCGAAGAGCCAUUCUUGAAUCUAGAGAGCUAACCAAAAAAUUGGAAGAAGUAAAGGCAGAACGUGACUAUUUGAACGACAAAAUUUCAAAGGCCGAGAACGGACUUGUUGGGCAACUUCAAAAAGAGUUGGCUGAACGUGACCUAAUUCUAGAUAAAACGCAACGUGUUACGGAACAGUUACAGUCCGAAUUGGAAGAACUAAAAAAAAGACAUCUUUUGGAGAAACAUGAACAUGAGAUUGAACUUCGAAAAAUGCUUACGAUUGUGAAUUCUAAGACAAGUGACGACCUCGAAUCAGGUUCAACUGUUCAAAAUGACCCUAAACCAUUGAAUCCUGAAAGAAAAACUGCCAUACAAAACGUUUUACAAAGAAGCUUGCAAAAAACAGAGCAAGAUCUUCUUAAUGAGUCUCGCAGACUUGGAACUGCGGUUGGUUCCAAGAGUAGGUUGAAACUCUUGAGAUCAAAAAUGGAAGAUAUUGAGAACCAAGCAAGAGAGCUUGAAAUGACAAAUUUUGCUGAUGUCAAACCCAAGCAGAACCAGAAAUUUAAGGAGCAAGUUAAAGGUCAACAAGCCACAAAAUUAGCUGAGUUAAGGAAAAAGCUAGCAAUAAUACAAAAUGAAAGCAACGAUAUAACAAAGUUCAAUAUUGAGGCCAGAGUGAAUGAAUUAUUCCAAGACAAAAAGUUAGCUGCCUUGGAUAGAUUGAAAGACUUAGAGAAUAAAUACAAUGGUUUCCACAUUGACUUUGCAGAUGACCCUGAGUUAAAAGAGCUCCUGACGCAGUCCAGUAAUGGCGGACCUUCUUUGGAUCCAACAAUUGUACAAAGAAAGGUAGAAGAAAUGAAUUCAAUUAUUGAUGAACUCAAUGCAUUGAAAGAAGAAAUGAAAAAUAGACCUAAAACCGGCUCAAGUUCAUCAUCUUCGUCAUCGUUGUCUUCGGCAUCUUCCUCUUCAGAAGAUGGUUCAUCACAAUCACAAGCAUCUCAUGGGUCGGAUAUUGUAUCCAAUGGAUCAUCAUUCCUUGAAUCAUUAUCUCAAAAGUAUUCAACUGGACAACAGACCGCCACGUCUACGAAUGGUGGUCGUGUGGGACGCGAGACUAGGUAUCCUGGAAGCGGUUAUCAUAGAAAAUCGUUUUUGAAUAGGUUAAAGAAUACUACAGUGAACCCAACAGCGACGAGCGAACAUCUGCCACCGUUUUUGACUGAGCUAAAAUCAAAAGUUAAAAUGACAGAUGACAUCGAUGAUGUCCCUGUGGGUAUUGGCAUAUCUGUAUCUCCUGGUGCAUCGUUAAAGAGUACUGAAAAACCAGUCAGUCAAUUUACAGAAAAACCCAUUUUGACAGAUGCUCAACAGGGAAGCGACAAGAUCUCGAAUGUGAUCUUGAAUGAUAAAUAUUCGCCAACGACAAUGCAGUCUGAAAUCGGGGAUUCCGAAUCUAUUGAAGCGAAUCCAACAACAACAAUCGUAUCCGCUGCUUCGCCACCGCCACCACCACCACCGCCGCCACCACCUCCCUUACCGGUAUCAUUAGGUGGAACUCUUACUGCAGUACCAUCUCCUCUCCCUACUGCAUUAUCCCCUGGUAUUGCUCCUCCCCCUCCUCCUCCCCCUCCCCCACCUCCACCAUUUCCAUCGGCAAACACACCCAAAGCGACAGUCACAAGUCCCUUACUACCGCAAUCACCAUCUCUCUUUGAAAGGUAUCCUCGUCCCAAGAAGAAGCUCAAACAAUUACACUGGGAAAAAAUUGACAAUGCUGGGGAUUCUAUUUGGAAAAAUGCUCAAGCAGAAAAGGUUGCUGACGAUCUAUUCGAAAGAGGUGUAUUAAGUCAAUUAGAAAAAGCGUUUGCUGCCAGAGAAACCAAAUCAUUAAAAGGAAAGUCUAAGGAAGCAAAUGAAAAGAUUACCUUUUUAUCGAGAGAUGUUUCCCAACAAUUUGGUAUUAACCUACAUAUGUUCUCCAACCUCGAUGUUAAAGAUGUUGUUGGGAAGGUAAUGAAAUGUGAUAGAGAAUUCCUAUCUACUCCUAGCGUAAUAGAGUUUUUGUCAAAGCCUACCAUAAUUGAAGUAACGAAUAAUUUGGCACGAUAUUUCAAUCCUUACAGUACUGAUUGGGAGGGAGUGACAUCUGUUGACGAUGCAAAACCCCCCGAAAAAGAUCCUAAUGAACUUCAACGUGCAGAUCAACUAUAUGUUGAAUUUAUGAUUAACUUACAACCGUACUGGGGGUCUCGUAUGAGAGCAAUCACUAUGAUAACUACUUAUGAAAAAGACUAUUCGGAUUUGGUCACUAAACUAAGAAAAAUUGAUAGAGCAGUUCAGUGCAUCGAACAAUCUGAAAGUCUCAGACAUGUUUUCGAUGUUAUUUUGGCAGUUGGUAAUUAUAUGAAUGAUUCUUCAAAGCAAGCUCAGGGGUUCAAGCUAAGCACCCUACAAAGAUUGACCUUCAUUAAAGAUGAAAAGAACAGUAUGACUUUUUUGAACUAUGUGGAAAAGAUAAUUCGUGAAAAUUAUCCCGAAUACAGCCAUUUCGUGGAAGAGCUUGAGCCUAUUUUUAGCGUAACAAAAAUAUCCAUCGAACAGUUGGUAACUGAUUGUAAGGAAUUUUCACAGUCAGUAAUUAACGUUGAGCGUUCUAUUGAAAUUGGAAACCUAAGUGACCCUUCUAAAUUCCAUCCGUUAGAUCGUGUUUUAAAUAAGGUAGUACCGGUUUUACCUGAAGCUAGAAAGAAAGCUGAUCUUCUAAGCGAUGAAAUCAAAUUAAGUUUGCUGGAAUUUGAAAAUCUAAUGAAGAAAUUUGGCGAAGAUGCCAACGACAAGUUCUCUAAAAACUCUUUCUUCCAAAAGUUUGCAGAUUUCAUUACCGAAUUCAAGAAAGCUAAAACUCAUAAUGUCAAACUGGAAGAAGAAGAACGUGCUUACGAAAGGAGAAAGAAAAUGAUUGAAGAUCAACAACGGAAACAACAGGAGGCAGAUAGUAAGGCAACAGCAAAAAAUUUAAGCACUUCGCAAGAACCGUCUGAUGAUAGGGACGAUAUAGAGAAGCUUUUGGAUAAAUUGAAAAAUGCAGCUCCUUCAAAAGGAGAUCCAUCUAGUACUCGUAAACGUGCAUUGGCUAGAAAGAAAUUACUAGAUGGUAAAUCCGGGGCAUCAAUUUUUGAUAACAUCACUGCUGAUAGUACUAUCGAAGCUUUCGUGGAACAAAAUAGAACGCUUACCGAAUCGCCUACUGCUAAAAAAUCGGCCAGCCUUCCUGAAACUGAAAGCUUGUCGUCAUCAAAACAAGACCCUGCAGAUAGAGCAAGGAAUUUAUUACUAGAAUUAAGAGGCCCUGACGAAAGAAAAGACGCUUCUCCAUCCCCAAUCAAAGCAAAGGACAAGCUUAGGGAUCUGAAAAAAAAAGAUUCUUCUGUGAAAGUAGACCAACCUAAUAAACUACAAUUUGUUGGAAGCCUAGAAGUUGGACCUCAUCCUAAACCGUUAUCGCCAACCCAAGAUUUGAUGGACACAUCGAACUCAUCGGAAGAUGAGUUUAUUGAUGCUUAA